GGCGGAAAGUAGCUGCCAAAAAUUUCGACUUUUCGAUGCGAACCGUGAUUGAUUGGAUUCGCCACCUGCAGACAGCUGGGCAACGUGCAGUGCAGUCCUGCAAGUACGUGCGUUGCGUUGUAGUUGGUACUUCGGCGGAUGAGGGGGGAGAAAAGUCGUCGUUGGGGAGAUCCGACGUCACCGAUUUCGAGGAGAGGAUUGACGCGCUCGAAAUUUAUUUCUGGAAAAAAAAAAAGGAGAGACUGAGGUCGGAAGAAAUGGUGAGCAGUGAAGCCGGAGGAGACGACGGAGAGAGGGAGAGAGAGAGAGAGAGAGAGAGAGAGGAGGCAGACCGAGGAAUUGCGGCAAGCUCGAUGGAUGAUGAGUGAUUACGGAAUGGGUCAAAUUGACAGGGGCCUCUCACGAGCACAGGCCUUCUUCUUUCCCUUGGAU